UUUUUAAAAAAUUUUUUUAAAAAAAAAGACUGGGCCCUGUCUCUCAACCUCCAAGGCCCAGCCAGCUUGUGAUCUUUGAACAUCCAUCUCCUUAGAUGAGUGACAUUACCUACCUAUGACUAUCUUUGUGAUUAAGGGGUGGCCCUCAUUCCACCUCUACUUAAGAAUCUCAGCUUUGGGCUGGCUCCAAAGCACCACACAUUCACCACCUCUCCCAGAAGCACAUCUAAUCUUCCUGGAACUGGACCUCCAGGGAGCACCAGAUGGAGCAACACCUAGCUUCGUAGUUUACACUCUUAUUCUGAAAUUCUAAAUUAUACAGGGAGAAUUCUUUUCUUUGGCCACUGUUCCUAAUGACACCAGAAAAGCCAUUGCCAAAUUGUGAUGUAGCAAUGCACAAGGGGCUAAAAAGUGUUCCCGGAACUCUCCUGUUUGGCAUUGCAUAUCCAAGAGAACAUGCCCUAAUUAGAGAGAAACCAGUUAUGAACUAGAACAAAAGAUCUAGGUCAUGUCAUACUCUUCCUACUCUACAGCCCUGCCCCAUACUCCUUGCUGGUGACCCUGAGGGUAUAAAUUGGGGCUGGGCUCUGUGUGUGCAUUCUCAUCAAAGGCCAACAUGAAGACAGGCACAGUCUUUGUUCUAGUGGCUUUCAUCGCCGUGGGGAUGGAGAUGGCCUACGCUCGGAUACCUAUUAAAGAUCAAAGACCUGGAUUCUGCCCUGAGGUGCCCAAAGGAACUUUUGGGAUUUGUAUUGAAAGUUGCUCAGGAGAUGGAUCAUGUCCCAAGGGAAUGAAAUGCUGCAGCAAUGGAUGUGGUCAUGUCUGCAAAACUGCUCUCCGUGUGAAGGGUGGCUCUGGUGGCCAUGUGGAAGAUGGACAGGGUGUUUAUUAAGCAUGCCCGGAGACCAGCCCCAGAAGAUUUCUCAUGAAUCCACAAAUACAGUGCUUGGCUAACAAGACUUCUCCACAAUACACUCCUGGCCAUUCUCUAUCCCUGGACUUGCAGCCCUAGAAGAUGAAGAUCUAAAGUGGUGGAGUGACCUCUUCUAAAGAGCUUGUGUCUAAAAUAAACUUUAUCUGUAGCAUUA